AUGACUAAAGACGCAACGGCCAGCGGGCGGCUGCAGCGGGCGGCGGGGGGACGCCGCACGCAGCGAGCGAAAACGACCACUCCCGAGCAUUCUCGAACACACCAUUCAGACGCUGCGUGCGACGUGACGUUGUCGGCUGCGUGCGGCGUCUGCAAUUCAACUGACGCGUUAACGCAAACUCCGCAACAACUACACGCCUUCCUCACCUCCAUGCCUUGUCCCCCUCUCGUGCCGCUCAGCAGACCCCGCUCCACUCCGCAACCACAAGCGAACCACACCGGAAAAACUCAAAAACAACAACGGAGCGACAAUACUGACACAAAAAACUACGUCUGUGACACUUGCGGGAAAACAUAUCCACAGAAAUACCUACUAAUCCGACAUCUUCAACUCCACCUCAAAGCUAAGAUAGAUAUAAAAAUAAAUAGAAAGACAUACGACUGUGGUACAUGUGGACUACACUUCUCAAACGAAACAGAACUACAGAAGCAUAAGUUAAGCAAAGGUCACACUGGACUCAGGAAAUACCCGUGCGACGUCUGCGAAAGAGAAUUUUCAUGCGCAAGCUCCUUUAACUUACAUAAAAUGAUCCACAGUGGGGAGAAACCGUUCCCCUGCGAAAUAUGCGGAAAGCGGUUCAGACGACAGAAUGAAUUGGACAAACAUAUUAUCAGAAUACAUACUAAUGAACGGCCGUAUAAGUGUGAAGCGUGUGAAAAGCGAUUUAAAACUGUAGCUGAUUUACGUCUACAUAUAAGGUUACACACUGGUGAAAAACCGUUUACAUGCGACAUAUGUCACAAAAGCUUUUAUGCUUCCGAAGCUAUGACUAAACAUAGACGGGUCCACGCUGGCGAGAGGCCAUACAAGUGUGAAACUUGUGAAAUGCAGUUCACGCAUAGAAGCGUUUUAACCACACACAUACGAACCCACACCGGUGAAAAGCCAUACUCAUGCGAAGUAUGUGGGAGAAAGUUUUCACAAAGAAACAUAUUAGUGAAUCAUAGGAGAACUCAUACUGGUGAAAAGUUUUCAUGUGAUGUAUGUAAUAAGCAGUUUACACGUACUUCUAAAUUGAAGGUACAUAAAUUGAAACAUGUGGACGAAACCGCAAAGAAAGUAGACGAUGAUCACUAA